CAAUCCCUCCCAUCCGCUCGUAGACCGCAGACCGCCCCCCGACCUGCGCCCGAGACAAUUCUGCCUCCCUCGGGAUGUUUGGAUACAUUCAUACAAUCUCCUAAACACCAUCCAAAACAAACAAGAAUCGCCAUCCCCGUGACCCUGUCGUCUGCUGCCUGUCCUGUGCGAGCAAGCCUGUAGUCGAUCCAUCUCUCACUGUCUCCUCUCUCUUUCUCUUUGCCACCGCUAUUCACGUCUGCUUUGUUACGUCUUCCAAGCCAAUUACACCGUGCCUUUAAUACCCCAAAUAAUACCACGCAUUCGACAUCGCCGCUAUACACAUAUACACACCAUGCCUUACAACACGCGCCGCAAAUCGCUUUCUCUGCCCAGCUUGGGUAUUCACAUCCCCGUCACGCAUGCCUCGCGCGCUGCCUCAUCGAAAAGUGCCUCCCGCGCCGCUUCAUCCUCAGCCUCAGCGACGCCGGCGUCCACGAGUGCCUCGCGCUCGGAAUCUCCAGAAGCACCACCCAACAAGCGACUCAAGAGGUCCCAUGCCGCAGAUUCCAUGGCCAUUGAGAAUACCCCGCCUCCGUCGCCUACCCGUGCCAUCAGCGAGGAGAUGACGGAUGCCGACGCAACAAAGGAUAUUGAUCUCGAGAGCAUCAAGGACGACAUUGUCGAGGCUGUUGUGGUCCAGCUGCAGUCAACAGGCAACCGCCCGCAUCUGAUCAAGGAGCUGGCGACUGUCCUUACCCAGUCGCUUACAUCUGUACAGCAAUCUGCGAACCCGUGCGCCAUCAUCUCGUCCCGCCUCGCCUCAUACAUGAAGCGGACUUGCUGGUCUGCCUCAGCUCCCUGCCCGUUGGGUAAAGAGCUCGAGACAGUACACCCACGACGCACCUAUUAUUUCCUCACCACUCAGCCUAGGCAGCCGCUCCCAGACUUCAACGCAAGUCUCCAGGCUGCCUCUCUCACCCCUUCAGUCUCCCUUACGGAGGAUUCUGGUUCAGAAGACAUCGAGGCAAGACGACGGGAACUCAGCCCCUCUCCCGAGGUGGACCUUUCCGCCACCGAGUUUGAUAACGCCGAUGACGAUGUUGCGAUGCCCAUGACCCCCAUCGGAUCGUUUUCAUCACAGCGGAGUAGACUUGUCCUCGGACCCCGCAACAACUCCCCUCCUCUCGAGAAGGAUGAGCGCGAGUUUACACAGACUGCAGAUGGCCUGCAGAAGCGCAAACUUAACGCCGAAGCCCCUCAGCCUGAAACUGCUGAGCGCCACAGUGUUUCCAUGAUGGAUUUCUAUCGGGACGACGCGUGGUUUGCCGAUAGCCGCCCCAGCGCAGCCACCAUAUUUCUGGCUAGCCCCUCCAUCAAGCCGAGCAUUUCCGCUGGUCGGAAAGAAGACGAUACCGAAGCUUGGUUAAGAUUAAACAAACUAUUCGAAUGGGGCAAGGGCGCCGAGAGCAUCGAGAUAGACGAACUUGAUUGUUUGCUAGACGAUUGUUGA